UACUCAGAAGCGCUUGACUGUAAACAUUCAACUAACGUGGCGUAACAGCCCCGAUUAUAUAAUUGCCCACGUGUCAGAUAUCAUAGCUGCUUGUGUGAUGUUUGUAAGAAAAGCAAUCCGUGUCAAAAUAGGUAAAGAAUUAUACCAAUUAUGAUUAAUUUGUCGGAGCCAAACUAGUCACCUGAUACAAGUGAAUUGACAGAUGGUCUGGGACUCCCGGUUAAAGAUGGCGGCUCGAUCCGCAUGUUUUGAACUAACAAGGGUUUCUCUAGUGGGUCUCUGUGGCCGCAACUGGUGACCAAUCCUACUUCUCACUUCUCUGGAAUGCAACAUUAACUACACCCCCUCUUGUCUCCUUUACGGCAAAUGGAAGAUGGCGGAGGCUUAUAAAUCUUUUGACGAAGCGGAGCUCAUAAAGGAAUGGCACGCGUCCACCGAUCUGAAGCUGACCCUAUACACCUACCUGAGGAGGCAGGUGCCACAGAUCUUCUGCCAAAAUGAGGAGCCCAACCCUAAUGAGGAAGAGGAGCAAGUUGAGAGAUUCCUCCUCCACCCGCUUGAGUACUUCCUAUUUGGUGAAGAUCCCGAUGAAGGUGUGAAGAAGCUCAAGCAGGGCAGUUCGUCUUCCCAGCUCUGCGGACGCGUCUUCAAAGAGGGAGAGACAGUCUACUCUUGCAGGGAUUGUGCAAUAGAUCCUACAUGUGUGCUGUGCAUGGACUGCUUUCAGGAAAGCGUGCACAAAAGUCAUCGUUACAAGAUGCACGCGUCAUCUGGUGGGGGUUUUUGUGACUGUGGGGACGUGGAAGCCUGGAAGAUUGGACCGUGUUGCUCCAAACAUGACCCGGAUGCGGCCAGUGACAUGGUGACGGAUGAGUGUACAUUGGAGCCGGAACUGUGUGAGCGGAGUGAGAUGCUCUUCAGGGUCUUGUUGAACUACUUCACAGACUUCCUGGACUGGGCGGAGGACUCUCAACUUUUAGCUCCCCUCAAACCUGAGGAAAAGGACAACACAUACGCCUGUGUGCUGUACAAUGAUGAGCACCAUUCAUACGAUCAUGUGAUCUACACUCUGCAGCGGUCUGUCAACUGUGAUCAGGCUGAAGCGCAGAAUCACACGGCAAUUAUUGACAAGGAGGGUCGGCGGACAGUAAAGAGAGGAAGUCUGGACUCAUGCCGGGAUGCUCAACGCCUCAUUAAGUACAAUUCGGAGCACGUUUCCCUACAGCCGCUGCGUGUGGAGGUGCUGCACUCUGCUGUCGUGGCUCACCAAACAUUGGCCCUGCGGCUCGGCUCCUGGUUCCAGAAGAUCAUCGGCUAUUCAGUGGGCUUCAGACAAGCCUUUUGCAGGGUGGCGCUGGAGCCCAACACAGACCGUAGCAGCAUCUGCUGCAUCAGCAGGCUCAUGUUGCUCGAUGCCACAUUGUACAAAGGAGCACGCAAGAUUGUACAUGAGCUGAUUUUCUGCAGCAUGCUUAUGGAGACGGAAUUCAAGAGGCUCUUCGCGGUUGAAUUCACAAAGGUGAGUAUUUCACCAAAUAGGAAGUACUCAAAGGUGGAUGUGUUUUUACAGUUUUCUGAAAAAAUAUGUGGUCUUUUCAAGCUUUACAAGGAUCUGCAGAAUAACUUCAUCGAUGAUGAUCAUGAACGGAAUAUUUCUAUUACUGCGCUGUCCGUUCAGAUCUUCACUGUGCCCACACUGGCAAGGUACCUGAUUGAAGAAACAAACGUCAUUACAAGGAUAGUUAAUACAGUCAUGGCGCUGUUAUUGGAGCAUUUGGAUGUUAACAAUCGCUUCUCCUUCCUGGGUUACAAUUCUGACAAGUUCUCCCGUAUCCAGGCCAUUUUCCAUGACCUCAGGUAUAUUCUGAUAAGUAAACCAUCAAUGUGGAAUUUUAAGCUUCGGAAACAGUUUCUAGAGGGCUUCAAUGCCUUUCUAGGCCUUCUCAAAUGCAUGCAGGGUAUGGAAGAGGUUAAAUGUCAGUUUGGUCAACACAUUGCUGUGGAGCCUGAGUGGGAAGCCGGCUUUACGCUUCAAAUCCAGCUCCGCCACAUUCUCGCGAUGUUUCAAGACUGGUGCUCUUCAGAUGACAGGAUUCUGCUGGAAGCCUUCAGAGAUUGCCGCAAAGUCUUGCUGCAAUGCAACAAUCAACCCUUCCGCCGAAAGGCUGCUGACUACUACAUGUGCAAGCAAAUCCUUCAUGUUCGGCCCUACAAAGUGUCACAGGAGCCUGUCAGCAUACAUGUACCCCUCUCCAGGCUGCUUGCAGGCUUGUAUGUUAUCAUCUGCAAGAAUGGGUUACGUGAUCAACUGUUUGACGAAGAAUGCAAUGACUUUCGCAGCCUGGUUGAGCAUCCUCUGCGCUGUGUGGUGCUGGCUGCACAGGUAUCAGCUGAAAUGUGGCGCAGGAAUGGACUGUCUUUGGUCAGCCAGGUCUACUACUAUCAAGAUGUCAAAUGCAGAGACGAAAUGUAUGACAAAGACAUCCUUAUGCUUCAGAUAGCGGCUUCUAGAAUGGAUGCCAACCAUUUUCUCAUGUUGCUCUUACUAAGAUUUGAGCUCUUUAAUUUCUUCAAUGGAAAGUGUUGCAGCAGAGACCACAAUGAAUUGUUGCAGUGGAAUCGGCUGACAGAAGAGAUGCUGUAUCUCCUUAUCGUCAUAGUUGGUGAGCGAUACGUCCCCGGUGUCACGAACGUGACCAAAGAGGAUGUGACGAUGAGGGAGGUUAUCCACCUGCUAUGCAUUGAACCCAUGGCACACAGUAGCCUGGUCAAAGGCCUGCCGGAGAACGAGAGCCACGAAACAGGUCUCGAAUCUGUAAUCAACAAAGUCGCCACAUUCAAGAAACCAGGUGUGUCAGGACAUGGAUUAUAUGAGGUGAAAAGGGAGUAUUUGGGCGAGUUCAACCCAUUUUUCUACCAUUAUUCAAGAUCACAGCACAGCAAGGCUGAAGAGUCGCAAAAGAAGAGACGUGCUCACGAAGGUGCCGAUAAAGCUCUGUGUCCUCCGGUGCCGCCUCCUUUCUGUGCGGCCUUCUCCACCAUCGUACGCCUCCUCUGCUGUGACAUCUUUGUCCACGUCCUCAGACGCGUGCUGCAGAGGGCAGCCGAGGAAAAGUCUACACAUUGGACGGAAAUAAUGAUUCAGCGGGCCCUGCACCUUAUUGGCCAGGCUUUGCUUGAAGAAAAAGGCCAACUUGAGGACCGCACUUUAGAGGAAGUGACCUUUGAUUUCAGCCGGAAGGCUCGCGGAGUCGGUUUCGAAGAGGGCACGUCUCUUUUCUACUUGCUCUCGAAAAUUAAGGCUAUUCAUUCAUUUGAAGCCCAAAAAGACAUGAUCAAAUGGGUACUACAGAUGUUUGAGAUUGUCAAGUGCCUCAGAGAAAAGUCCACUCCAACAACUUCCAUGAGUGUGGAGACGAGCAAGCCUGAGGAGAGUGCUCAGGACAAUGAAAAAGCUGAGCGCAAAAGAAAGGCCGAAGCAGCCAAACUUCACCGCCAGAAAAUCAUGGCCCAGAUGUCAGCCAUGCAGAAAAACUUCAUUGAGUCCCACAAGAUGCUUUAUGAUAACAUGCCAGAGAGCGCCAUGAAGGGACAGCCCCUGACAUCGACAGAGAGUCCGGUGGAGCAGAAGGAGCUCUGUGUGUCCGUGGGGCCCCAUCGAGGGUCCACCCUAGCCGAGAGGGAGGUGCUGACCUGCAUUCUCUGUCAGGAGGAGCAGGAAGUGGCGUCCCAGGCUCCGGCCAUGGUACUAACUGCGUGUGUGCAGAGAUCUACGGUGUUGACCCAGUGCAGAGGAAAGAUGCCCACCAGCAGCGCAGACGAAACGGCAACAUUAUACCCAACAUUCAUGCCUCCUGAUCUGGCUGUAGGCACCCACACAGGCAGCUGUGGACACGUCAUGCACGCCACAUGUUGGCAGAAAUAUUUUGAAGUAGUCCAGAACACAACCAGAAACCGUCUCCAUGCUGAACUGAUCAUCGACCUUGAGAAUGGGGAGUUUUUGUGUCCUCUGUGCAAGUCACUUUGCAACACCGUUGUCCCUCUCAUCCCCCUGGAGCCAGUCAUAUUCAACUAUGAAAACGCUGAGAUAAUUGGUCAACAUUUGACUCUGACUCACUGGAUCCAUGUUCUUGAGGCCAGGAUUAAAGGACUCAAGUGCCCCCUGCAGGAAAAUGCAGAUUGUGACAUGGAAGGCUCUAAUGAUUGCGAUGCAGUGUUAUGCAGAGAAGGUCAGCCGGAUUUCAGAGCCUUAUUGAGUUACGGCGUCCAAAAACCGAGGAAGUUCUCUGACAGUAUAGCAGAGAUGCUGGUUGUGUGCGCCACCGCGGUCCAUAGAGUCGGACUUCAGACUGUACCUAAUGAGCUGUGCCCACGUGUGCCCCUUAUGGCCUGGAACACAUGUGCCUUCACUCUUCAGGCGAUUGAGAACAUAUUGCUAGAAGAGGACAAGCCACUCUUUGGGUCCUUACAAAAUAGACAGCUGGCAGGCAUGAAAGCGAUUGUUCAGUUUUCGGCAGCACAGAGGAUUAAAAGCUCCCAGGCCGUCAUCCAAAGACACUUCACUGAGAUGUUAGCAGUUCUGCUUCCGGUCAUGAGCAAAAAUGACCCCCCUUCUAUUCUGGAAGUCGACUUCUUCCAUCUUCUGGUGGGUUUAGUGUUGUCUCUGCCCUCGCUGUACCAAGAGGAGACUGUGGACUUGCAGCCUUCUGCUGUCAGCUCAGCCUACAACCACCUAUACACCCUCCAUCUGGUCACAAUGGCUCACGUGCUGCAGGUGUUGCUUCUCCCAACAGACCUCCCUGUAGUGGUGGGUGACGAGGAAACAGAGGAGGCAAGAGCAGCAGCUGAACUAUACGCUGCUGUAUCACAAAACACUGGAAGGAUUCUUCCUGAUGUAUGCGGUAGCUUUUUGGCCCAAAAAGUGAAGACGGGAAUCGCAUCUUUUCUGCGCUGUACGGCUCUCUUUUUCAGCUGUCUUACUGGUGUUCGUCCUCCGGAGCAGCUUUUUUGUGCUUCUGUUUCUUGUCAAGGUCAAAUGGAGGCAGUCUGCAGUUACUUGGCACUGCCCUCGAAUGUGUUCCAACUUUUCCAGGAGUACAAAGACACCGUGGCACCACUGUUGCAUCGGUGGUGCAGCAGCCCAGCAAUAACCAAACAUCUGAAUGGCACAACUCAAACAGUCAGAUACCCAAGAAGAAGAAAUCAACUGAUCGACCUCCCAGAGGACUAUAGCGCUCUGCUCAAUCAAGCCAGCCAUUUUCAGUGUCCCAAGUCCGCAGAUGACGAAAGGAAACAUCCCACUUUGUGCCUAUUCUGUGGCGCCAUGCUGUGCUCUCAGAGCUCCUGCUGCUUCAGUCAGCUGAAUGGAGAAGAUGUGGGUGCUUGCACCGCACAUGCCGCCACCUGUGGUGCAGGAGUGGGCAUGUUCCUCAGGAUACGAGAGUGUGAAAUUGUACUGAUGGCCAGUAAGACCAGAGGAAGCACAUAUCCCGCUCCUUAUUUGGAUGACUAUGGCGAGACUGAUCCUCAUCUCGGGAGGGGCAAUCCGCUGCACCUUUGUCCGGAGCGUUACAGGAAGUUGAAGAAGAUGUGGCAGACUCACUGCAUACUGGAGGAGAUUGCUUGCAGCCUGGAGCUGGUCAACGUCAUGUUUGCUUUUGACUGGCAAAUGUUGUGAUGUUGCAACCAGUUGGUCAGAGCAGACCGAGGCCGUCGGAGCUGCUGUCUGCCGCUUCCCCCCCACGACGUGCGUACACGCACGCACAUUGAUGCUUUCUCGGAAGCCCCAGCUUCCUGCUGGAGCGAAGAGAGAGUGAGAGAAAGCGCCGGACAAAGAAGAGUAGGAGGGAAAGAAGGAAAUGGAGGUUGUAAAGUUGAUGAACAAAGCGCAUUAGCCUUGUUUUAAUUUGUCAUCUCUGAGAAUGCAAAUAAUCUCCUGCCAGUGGAGACUUAAAAAAAGACACAGUAGAUUAAGAUUCACAUUCAAUCACCUUCAUGUUGUGAUGUCACUUGAACAUUUAAAAAUGUUGAUAUCUCACAAGCCUUGCAUCUUUCAGAAACUACCGAUUUCCUCAUCUUUUUUUUUCCUUUUAAAUUGAACCCCGUUCAGGGGUUUCUCUGUAACAAAUCACAUAAAACACGGUGCAUCCAGAAAGCAUUCACAGCGCUUUUCUUUCCACAUUGUUACAACCUCAUCCCAAAAUGGAAUACAUUAAUUUUUUCCCUUAACAUUCGACACUCAACAUCCCAUAAUGACAUGACAAAAACAUUUUAACUACAUUUUUUUCCCAUUUAAUAAAAAUAAAAAUGGGAAAAAGUAAAAAG